AAAUUCAUGUCCACGUGAGCCUUCAACGACCAUCAAAUCUAGAAUCUCAUUUCUAAAACCCUCUUGAUCUGCAAAACCGACAUAAACCCUUCAACCUUAAACAACUCAACCAUAUUUUACCAGAUCUCGUUGCUUCUAAAUCUCACACACUAUGAGAAUCGCUUCCUCCGUUCUCCGCCGCACCCUCGCCGCCGCUAGCGGCGCCGGCUCCGCCUCAUCCGUCGCCGUCCCCAACCGUUUCCUCCAGGCUGCUCUUUACAGCAGCGGCGCCGCCCGCACUCACCGCCGCUGGUUCUCCUACCUCAUCGGCCCGGUCGCCGGCGCGUCACUCGGCGUCGCUGGAGCUUUGUACACUGCCGCCUCUUUCUCCCAGGAAGCUCUUGCCAAGGAACCUCCGCCGCCGGAAGCUCUCCCGAAUGAGGUCGUUCUUUAUCAGUACGAGGCUUGCCCUUUCUGUAAUAAAGUCAAAGCAUUUUUGGACUACUAUGAUAUACCUUACAAAGUUGUCGAGGUCAACCCACUCAGCAAGAAAGAAAUCAAAUGGUCUGAGUAUCAGAAGGUGCCAAUAUUAAUGGUAGAUGGCAAGCAGCUAAAUGACUCAUCAGCUAUAAUUGAUGAACUGGGGCAGAAGAUUCUGUCAAAGAAAAAGGCACAUGCAACGUCUGAGGAUGAUGAAGAGACAAAAUGGCGGCGGUGGGUUGAUAAUCAUUUGGUACAUGUUUUGUCACCUAACAUAUAUCGAAAUACUUCUGAAGCGCUUGAGUCCUUUGACUACAUAACGAGCAAUGGCAAUUUUGGCUUUAUGGAAAAAAUUUCGGUGAAGUAUGCUGGAGCUGCAGCCAUGUAUUUUGUCUCUAAGAAACUUAAGAAGAAAUAUAACAUCACUGAUGAACGUGCUGCUCUUUAUGAGGCAGCAGAAACAUGGGUAGAUGCUCUGGAUGGCCGGGAGUUCCUUGGAGGGUCUAAGCCUAACUUUGCUGACCUGGCUGUCUUUGGCGUUUUAAGACCCAUACGCUAUUUGAGGUCUGGGAAGGAUAUGGUGGAGCACACUCGUAUUGGUGAGUGGUACACAAGAAUGGAGGAUGCCGUAGGAGAGCCUUCCAGGAUUAAAGCCUAAACUGGGUGUCAGGAUUUCAGCCAUUUUUUUGCAUCUAUUACUAUGCUCUUUGGGGUUUGCUUCCACAUGUUGGAGGGGAAUAUUUUGGGGUUUCCCAACGAACAUAUUUUGGCUAUUUAGAAAGAUACAGCCAUGUGGUGAUGGUGGUAGUUAUAUAUAAAUAUAGGCGAAGUUUUGCUGAACAAUUGAUUCUUUAGAAAAAUGAUUAAAUCUGUUAUAGCUCUGCUCUAAUUGUAAAGAUCAAAGAAAUCUUUGAGCUAUGUCCAACAAUAAGGCAGCUGCUUUGUCUGUGAUAUUUAUAACUUUGGAGUUAAUCAAUUUGAUACAUAAAAUACUGGUUUGAGUUGGAA